GGGUUUUCCUGCUAGUAGUUUGCCUGUCGUAAAAUCUUUUUCAGGAUAAGUGUGACCAUUUAGCCUGCAUGUCGUAAAUUUUUACGACAUGUCCUGUCACUGGGUAACAAUGGACGCCGAACCUUACCGACGCUCUAGUUCUAUCCCUCAAUCCUACGUAGAUUUUUAACUUAAAGUUAUCAAACCAAUAAACUAAAAUGCCUCCAAGUAGAGCAACAAAAGACAGAGAGACUAAAGAGGCCAGAGUGUUAGCUAAUAGGUAUGAGAUUGUGAAAAAACUGGGCAGUGGUAACUUUGGAACAGCAUUCUUGUGCAAAGAUAAAAAGUGCAAUAAUGAAUUCAAAGUAUUGAAAGAAAUAUCUGUUGGUGAACUGGAACCUGAUGAGACUGUAGAUGCCAUGCAUGAAGCUAGAAUUCUAUCUAAGCUCCAACACCCAGGCAUCGUCAGGUUUCAUGACAGUUUUAUUGAUGGAGAGUUUUUCUGUAUCAUUACAGAGUAUUGUCAAGGUGGGGACUUGGAUCACAAGAUAACAGAACAGAAAAAAUUAAACAAAAACUUUGAUGAGAACACGGUCAUUAGCUGGACCAUCCAGCUGGUUUUGGCUGUUCAGUACAUGCACAGUAGAAGAGUUCUGCACAGAGAUCUCAAGACCAGAAACAUAUUCCUCCACAACAACCUGCUCAAGAUUGGGGACUUUGGGAUCUCUCGUAUUCUAAUGAACUCCUCCGACAUGGCCUCCACAUUCACUGGUACACCUUAUUACAUGAGCCCAGAGGUUCUCAAACAUGAGGGCUACAACUCAAAGUCCGAUGUCUGGUCAGUUGGUUGUAUACUGUAUGAGAUUUGUUCACUAGAACAUGCCUUCAUGGGCCAGGGUUUGAUGGCUGUCAUGUAUAAAAUUGUUGAGAAAGAUCCACCCAACCUACCAUCCAAGUAUUCUCCUGAGUUGAAUGAGGUCUUUAAGAAAAUGGUAACUAAAGAUCCAGAAAAGCGGCCAUCAGCUACAGACGUCACAAAAUUUCCUUUCAUAGCCAAAAACAUGGUUAAAAUGAAAGAGACGCUGACAGAAGAAUACAAAGCCAAGCAUAACUUGAACCCUGAAACUGCUGAUAGGGAGGCACUGGAGCUGGCUUCAUUGUUACGUGAAAAGUCUCACCUAGAUGACCUUAGGUCAACCAUGGACAAAUCAAACAAAGAAGAGGAGACCAGGACAGAGAAGAAAAAACUAACUGCCAGAGAAAGGUUAAUUCUUCGCAAACGGGAGGAAGCAGACAAGAGAGCUCAGGAUUUAAAAAAAGCGACUAAAAUUCAACUGGAGGAAAACGCCGAGAGACGAAAUAAAAUAAAAAACAGUUUUGAACAAACCACUAUGCCAGUGUGGAAAGGAGGGGAAGGGGAAGGUAAAGGCCUAAAGAACGCUCUGACAGUCAAGGACCCACGGCUUGAGCAUUCUUAUUAUGAAACCAUUAUAAAUCGUCAAGACAAAUACGGUUCUUCUGAAGACGAAGGAGACACUGUGGUAGACAUGUCAACUAAAAGACGCAGCUCGGAUUUUGACUCUGAUGAUUCAUACACAAACAGCAGGCAGUUGAAAAGUAAGGAUCGAUUAGUUCGGACCAUGUCGGACAGGAUGCCUCGGACCUUGACUGACCGAACACCCAACACGCUCAGCCUGACCAUGGGAGCGGAGCGUCCCAUCAUGCCGAUGAAGGAUUUGAUGGUGUAUAAUAGAGAGUAUUCAUCUCUGGACUUCAAGGAUGGUAUACCAGACACGCCUGACCUGGCAGACACCUAUUACGAGCAGUUCAAAGACUUUGAUAAGGACGACAGUGAAGAAGAUGAUGAUGAUAAUGAAGGAACUGUCACUGUAAAAGAUGAUGAGGAAAAUUUUAUCAAUUGUCUUGAGAUGGCCUUGGACAAAGAUGACGGAGAAUCUACUUUGGUGAGUGAUGACACUGUUUCAGGGGCUUUUGGCCCUGCAGCAAGGGAGACAAAAAUAAAAAAUUUGAAAGGUGAGUGCAUCCGUACUUUGGGAGAGGAAGGAUUCAAACAAGCGUACAGUUACCUAAAACAGGCAAGGACAAAGGAAAAUAAAUCCGAGAAAGAAAUAAUGGAUGGCUUGAGAAAGUUGGUCAAAAAUCCAUCGGAUUGUUUUGCUGUGGAUCAGCUCUUAUUUCUUGAAGAACAAGCAAAGUUCAGCUAGUGGAGAA